GAGGAGAAUGAGAGGACGGAUCCACCGGAAGUUACCAGGAAGAUAUACGGAAUUGACAAUCCACAAUGAUUUACAAUCAUUGAGAUCUUUCUUAAAUGAAACUACGGCUCAUUUAUUUAUAUUCACAACUUGACUGCUGAUCAAGUAAAAAAGGAUUUCAGAUAAAUUUAAGUGAUAAUCAUUACAUUUAUUUAAUGUAUUUCUUAUCUUCCAGGACCUGACCUUCUCUACGGUAACCGGAGCGGAGCUGUUACCCGGGCUGGGAGCAUAGCGCUACACACCACGUUUUAUUCCUCCUGUACAGUAUUAGAAGUGUACUUUUUUUGUCAAGUGUAGUUAUAUCGAUGUGUAUCAACUAUCCGGACGAACCCCUCGACCGCCUAACCACAACAAAUGCUUGUGUCCCGUAGCUAGAUUCGGUAUUUGCGCAUAAAAGCGCACGAUGCUGCUGAAAGCUUCUCAGCAGAAAGCUGUGCGCAGCGGGGGGCCCAUGGAGCAGUACAUGGUACAUGGAGGCAGCGUCCACCACUGGCCCGUUGUACUCCCGCAGAGAAUCCGGCUGUACACGUACGAGCAGAUCCCCCAGUUCCUGAAGGAGAACCCCUUCAUCACGGACGGUUACCGGGCACACCUCCCCUCCAAACUAUGCCUCAAGAGUAUCUUCAUGCUGUCCAACGAGACGGUGAAUAUCUGGACCCACCUUCUGGGCUUCCUGCUGUUCUUCACCCUGGGGGUCAACGACCUCGCCUACGUCCUGCCCUCGGCUGACGCCAGCCACGAGGACUACCUCAUCUACGCUGCUGGACUCUUCUGCUUCCAGGUGUGCAUGCUGUGCUCUGUGGGCUACCAUCUGUUCUCCUGUCACCGUAACGAGAGGACGUGCCGGCGCUGGCUGGCGCUGGACUACGCUGGGAUCUCUGUGGGGAUCCUGGGCUGCUACGUCCCGGGGAUAUACUACGCCUUCUUCUGCAAUACUUUCUGGAGGCAGCUCUACCUGAUGAUGAUCCUCUCCCUGAUCCUGGCCGUGUUCUGCGCCCAGGUGCAUCCCCGUUACCUUAGCAACGACUGGCGUCGCCUACGCACGGCCAUCUUCUGUGCGGUGGCGGGCGGCAGCAUCGUGCCCGCCUUCCACUGGGUGUGGCUAAACGGAGGGCUUCGCACUGACGCCGUGGAGCUGUUCCUGCCUCGUAUCAUGGUGAUGUACCUGAUCGCUGGAGCUGCGUUCCUCUUCUACGUCACCAAGGUCCCUGAGAGAUACUUCCCAGGCCAGAUGAACUACGUGGGGGCCAGCCAUCAGGUGUGGCAUGUCCUGGUGGUCCUCAUGUUCUACUGGUGGCACCAGACGGCCGUCUACAUCAUGCGUUUCAGACACAGCCAGCCGUGCCCGGGCCGUGGACACUCCACCCACUAGUCCGCCGCCAAGGGACUUUAACACAGGAGGCGGCAGGCAGCGGUGAGCUAGCAUACAGGAAGUGGCCCAACAACAUCCAAAACUUUAUAGCGGGGGACAGCAGAUUGGCUGCUAAUGGUUUGCAGCGGUAACAACUCCCACCGCAGGUUCCUGUGUUGAGUUUUGGUGAAGGUGAGGGCUACUAAGGGUUAACGGCUAACUAUGCCUUUUAAAUGUUUCGGAGAACAGUGGGGGCCGUCCACCCAGUGGUGGGUUUCUGAACUGCUGGUAGCGCUUGGUAGACAUUGGCUCUUAAGGGCUCCUCAGUUUACCACGGGGCGUGUGAGGCCUUUGGUAUGUCGCUACCUUAUAUUGACAUCCCAAGAGCGUGUGUCUUAGUGGGUGCAGUCCACAGGAUUAGCUGGUCUGGCAUCUUUCCAUGGGAACCGCCAACUUGUGAUGUCACGAUAGCGUGGGUUUGUAAAGGUCCUGUGGCGUGGUAAAAUAAGCGCCCUUUAGACAUUAACAUGAUUCUUUAUUCUGGGACCCUUGAGCCCAUACUAUAACUAUAAGAGGUUCUACUAGCAUGGUUGUGAGGAGUGUAGUACAUGUAUAUAGGGUAUAUAUCCACAUCAUAACCUCUAUUACCUGACCAACGACUCAAGGACAGUUAUCUAAUCCCGAGAGAGGGGUCUGCUUGAAUAUUUAUGGUUAUGAAGGCCCCUGUUAACAAAACAACUCUCCACCCUUUUUCUAGUUUUUAGAGAAGCAGCCACAGUUGUAUUCUAUUGAUCAUUCGAUCAGAGCAAUCAAACAAUGAAAUGAUUAUCUAGGCAUGAAUUAUUGAAGUCCCUGUGUGUGAUUUUGAGUAUACUGAAUGCUUACACUGUGUGAACAAUGUUUUGUUUUGGAUUUGUUUUGGGUCAAAACGACGUCACAAAACUAGAAUGUUUUUAAGACUCUCGGUGAACUGCCCAUUCCAGAUGUUAAAUACGCCUUAUUUUUUCUUUUACACAUAUCUGUUUUAAUUUUUCACCAUGUUUGGUGUUGAUUAGCCGUUUCAAAAUCCCCUUUAAUGAUAUCACAUACGAGCGUCCCCCCCCAGUUGGUACGGUCCACUGUGUAGGUACACUCCACUGUGAUGGUAUGGUCAACUGUGUUGGUACAGUCCACUGUGUCGGCUCUCCACUGUACAGCUUGGGGUGGGCUCCCAUUUGUGAUGUCACCAUAGGUGCGAUUUCUAAUUGGCGCUUAUUGGCUCAUCAACAUGAAGCCUGGUGGUGAAACAGGAUCCCUUUACCCGGUCACAGGUCAGCGAUCACGAGCCAAGGAGGAACAAAGUGUUGAACAAGCUAAACUUUUACUCUGAGUUAGACUGGGAUCGAGAUCCCGGCGUUUUAUUGCCGUUACUUGAAAUGUUGUGUUUUAUUUCUGUCUGUGUCGUACAGGCAUCCUGCUGGAGUAAUGUUACGGGGGUGGGGAGGGUGUGUUGUGUUCUCUGUUGAGGGGGGGGAUUUUAUGGUUGGGUUCAUGUGACUCCAGAUCUUUUCUGUUUUAAUGGUGCAAUGUUAUUUCUACAUGCAUUACUAUUAUUGUAAAAUGUGCAUUUGUUUAUUCCUGUAUCAGGUUUGCCUUGUCCACAUUAUGUUUCAGCCGUUUAGAGUGAAUUAAUGAGUGGCUUUUUGAAUCCGUCUUGCACAUGCUGGUGUUGAAUAAUGAAAUGUGGGCUUAAUGGUUUCAGCCAUUUUCCCAAAGAGCCAUUGAGAACAAAUGAAUGCUUUCCUUACUGUGAGACGCUGAGGUCCGGAGGCCUGUGACCAUGCCCGUUUGUAUUAUUUAAAUGAGCGAUGUGAAUGGGCCCAGCAGGUUAUCGGAGAAUGUGGUUAUCUUCUGGUGCCAAGAAGCAACGGUUUAUUUAGUGUUACCUUUUAAUGAUUGUUUAUUUUAAACAUUGCCUUGAGAUGCUGGGCUUUGGUUUUGUGUGUGUGUGUGUGUGUGUGUGUGUGUGUGUGUGUGUGUGUGUGUGUGUGUGUGUGUGUGUGUGUGUGUGUGUGUGUGUGUGUGUGUGUGUGUGUGUGUGUGUGUGUCCUUGCUUUGAGCACACACAACCAGUGUUUGAUUUUCCACAUGAUUAUCACGUGUUAUAUAUUUGUUUUGUUUAGUUGCGCUGUAAACUAUAUUUUAAUAUUUGGAUUGAUUGAAUAAAAAAAUAAAUCUGUAAAGCAACUUUUGUUUGUAAAGUUGCAGGGUAUUUCCAGAGUGUACUUGGCCCAGCUGUGACGCGUUACCAGAUUGGGUGCUUUCCACCGUUUAGACCCUUGUGGUCCUGGGUCUCUUGCAGGGCGUAGCCAGAGUGAUGGGCCUUCACUCAGGCCCAAAGACCAUCCAGUUCUGAUACUGUAAUGUGGAAGAGAUGUACCGUUUCUCUAUCCACUAGGGCCAUUCACUUCAUUAGUGAAACUAUACAAUCACUCAUUCACAUACAUAGUCGUUUACACACGUGUUCACUUGCUCCCACAAAUUCAAUAUUUCACAACCAUUCUUGCAUUAAUAAUAAUAAAUUAAAUUUAUAUAGUGCUUAAUAUGGUACUCUAAGACGCAUUCACUCAUUAUUUCCCAAAUGGAGGACAGUCAUUACCUUUAAAAGGAUAUUCCAUAAUAUCUGUAAAGUGGUAUUUGACUGUCUUAACUAGAUUAAACUGGUUUAAUUCUAAGUUCCUCAUUGUGUGUCCAGGAGGGGGUUUUGCUGGGAUAGCGUUAGCUCUGUUAGCCCCUUCCAUUGACCUGCAGAGUUCCAGUGGCCUAACAGCGGUUCAUGUCAGGGGAAUACCCUUUAAAUUACUUCAAAAGACUUCCAAUGUUUUUUUUAAUAGCUUCUUAUUCAAAACGAGUGCCGGUAUAACACGACAAGACUGUAGUUUGUCGGUGAACACAGAUAAUACAGCGCUGUUUUCGCUGCUGUGAUUUAUUGGAUUACCUGUGAUGUUGGCAUGCUUAAUGCUUCACAUGUUUGUAGGUUGAUUUUUACAAAAGGAGGGGAAAAGACAGCGAUAAUUGUUUAUUACAAACAACCAAUUUAUUUGGUUUAGAUUUUUUUUUACAAAUUGUGUUAGCUACAAUAGAUAUCACAGUAUUGGGACAAUUUAGAACAAUUAUAUUCUCAACUACGAAUCAAAUAAAAGCAAUUGGACAAACUUGUCAACACAUUUAGAGGAUAAAAGUACAAAUCUCGUACUUGGUGACGGUCAACUAAGUUGCAAUCUUGGUUACCAUCUUGGUGCUAAAGCUGAGUUGUGCUCCUGAAGGCUGAAUCCCCCCCACCCAGAUAGCAAUAACGGCCAAGCUUGGGUUUUCAUCAACCAAGCUCAUUAGCUCUCUAUUGAUUUUCUUUCAAGAUUUUCUCAUGAACCAUUUCAAAUACAAUAUAUUGGGGAGAAAAGCUAUUUGGGGGAAUUGCAACAAUUUAUAAAAAAAUCAAAUUAAAAAUCAUUGAAUAUGAAAUUGUCUGAGUACAACAUGGCUCUUGGCCAUCUAUUCUUCAAGUAUCAGUGUUAAGGCUGCAUGGGUCUGAUUUUACAUAAGACCACAAAAAAGCACAAACAGACAUGAACAGGAGUGCACCCUAUAGCAUUACAAAUGUUCCUACUAAAUAUUUUAACUUCGUCAAUCCGCUUAUCCGGGGUCGGGUAGCGGGGGCAGCAGCUCAAGCAGUAAGUAAGACCAAGUUAAAAUAAAUACAUGAAUAAAGAAAACAACCGAAAGUGAGGAAAUUUAAAGCUGCACGCUAACGGAAUGUUGAGUAAUUUCCUGCUCUGUUGAUUGGCUGAGCAUCCAUUGGUACCAUCCAUUGAACCAACCAAAUUUAUUAAUUUAAUAAUAAAUUCUUCCCUUAAUAAGGCAGAAGAGGGUUAAAAGGGUAAUAUGUCCAUGAAAACACGAGAAAAUUCGUUAAUGGAUUAUUGAAGUUUGGAUGCUUCAGACCAAACAAGGAUAAAAGUGAUUAAACACGUUUCUCAUUAAUCACAAAAUGAAUCUUCAUUGCCGUUUUGGCACUGCUUUAGAUGGCUUCCCUUUAUAGUCUUUGUAUCAGAAAAAGGAUCAUGUUGGGGUUUCAGGAAACUCCUGGAGUUCUUAAACUAAUUCUUGUGAGGAAUGUAAGACUUUCUAACACUGACAAAGCUUGUCGUUUCAGAGUAAACAAGCAUCCGUUUUUCCUUUCCAUUGAUCCCGGAGCCUGUGAGGUGCUUCAGGGUCCCCAGAGGCAACGGCCAAGCACAUUUGUUACGUUUGGCCGUACGGCUGCGUGAUAUGUAUAUGUCUGGUGACGUGUGAGCGGAUCGAAGAAUCUCACUUCCUGUUAUGUAUCCUUGCUUCCCAAGCCGAAUGAGCAGCCGAUUAACUUACAUGUCGAGCGUUUGACAAAUGGAACAGCGUACAAUUGAGGUAGAGGAAAAACAAUGG